AGAUACAAUAACACAGAACAUUUACAGAGAGAGAGUAACCAUUUGUUGAGAUCAUUAGAGGGUACGGUUACACCCCUCCGAAUAACACAGGCGGUUCAAAAUUAGUACAUAGUCAAACGUUAAAAACUGUCUUCAGAUUAUUCCGCCCGUUAUCCGCCGAGUCGGGCGCGUCCACGGUGCAAAGGAUAAAGAAGUAACGUUAGGCUAGUUUCUGUGGCAGAACUCGUCCAGACGAAGACCCUCAACUGGACUGGACUAUAGUCCCUCAGACGGACUGUUAGACACUCUGUUGGACUAUCAGACCUUUAACGGGAACAUCACACAGCAGUUUCACAUUGGAGAUCUGGAGCAGAUCGGCUACAAUAUGCGGUACUGUACAACCUUGGGCACCUCCGUGGCUGCUUACUGUAAAUACAUUCAUAUGAACUGAAUCAGCCAGAGCUUCCAGAAAUGGUCGUUAACUGGAUCAGUGUCAGCGCUAUCCGAAUUUUCACAGGUGAGCUGGACUGGGCCAGGUGGUUUCGGUACAUUAAUAUGCAAGCAUGCGGUGCAACACGUCUUUUUGUAUGAAUGCUGUGCACGCGUAAGUGAUCUGGGGAUAAGCAAGGGAAACUCCCCGGUUAAAGACUUCUGAAACAAUGACCGGACCGAACACCGCAACCAGCGGCUCCACGGCCAAGGUCAGCAGAUCCGGUCGGUCCAAAAGCACCAGUACCUACCGUCAUAGUACCGGUCUGUCUGCCGAAUCCUCCCAGUCCAAUGGCGCAAACAGCGCCGGCAGGUCGUCCGGUGAGGAAGACGAGAAGGACGGAGGGGUUCCUUUUUAUGUAAACAGGACGGGAUUUCCUAUAGACAGUGUCACCUGGGACAGAAUGUGGUCUCAUGUAGCCAAAGUUCACCCUGAUGGACAAGACAUGGUUGAGAGAAUAAGGAAUGCAACACACCUCCCUAAACAUCCCGUGCCAUCUGUUCCAAACUUUAAGCCAUCCAUGUCAGUGCCUGAUUGGUUGCACGCCGUCCAGAACUACAUGAGAAACCUACAAUACAACCAUACUGGAACUCAGUUCUUUGAGAUAAAGAAAACGAGACCUCUGAGCGGGUUGAUGGAGACCGCCAGAGAGAUGAUACGGGAAUCACUUCCCAUUAAAUGCCUUGAAGCAGUUAUCCUUGGAAUCUACCUAACCAACGGUCUGACCUCGGUUGAACGUUUCCCCAUCAGCUUUAAGACCCAGUUCUCCGGUCACCACUUUCAUCACGUGGUGUUGGGCGUUUACUGCAACGGCCGCUACGGCACCCUGGGUAUGAGUCGUCGUGCUGACCUCAUGGACCGAUCCCUGACCUUCCGUACGCUCAGCGAGUUGGUGUUCGACUUUGAGGACUCGUACCGCCGUUAUCAGCACACCAUGAAGAAGGUGAAGAUCGGCCUGUAUGUGCCCCACAAUCCACAUGUUUUUCAACCAAUCGAAUGGAACUACCUGGUGAUCAACGCUGGUAAACAGGUUCGGGAAGACAUGCGCAAAGAGCUGGAGAAGCACGGCCGGGACAUGAGGAUGAAGAUCCUCAAGUCAUCCAGCGCUCAGUCUCCAAUUAAAGAAAGAACCCGAGGCAAAUCUUUAUCACCGCACCGUCGACCAGGCACCAGUCCCCAAAGACGGCAACACAUCCACAGAAGAGACAAAUCGCCAGCAGCGCUCGACAGAAAGCCAGCGGAGCUCAGCACCCUAAGUGAUGGAUAUCAGAUCCGAAUCUGAGUCACCAGCCUCAUCUCCAUCACCUCCCUCAGUUUUUCGAACUCUGUUUAAUGCACAUUGUGAACUGUAUUUUAGCUUUUUAAAACAAGGUUUUAAGUCAAGCAUGAAAUAUAUUUCUUAGUAAUUUUAGAAAGUUGAGUAGUAAGCCAAAAACUACAUUUCACAGUAACUUCGAUUGAUAUAAAAUACAAAACAUUUAUACCCAAAUCAUUUUUAACAUUUAUAAGAGACAACUAAAUACAGUAUAAAAGCAAAUAGAAAAUGUGAGUAGCAGGAGUAAAACUUGCAUUGUGCUUGGCAGAGAUAUAAACCUUGGUGGUGUGAUGGUAGAUUAUUUAUAGACUGGUUGGCGCUUUUGGUGAAGACCGAAGCUUUUUUUGCCAGAGGUGUGAGGACAUAAUGGAUCAGAACAUUUGCCCAAAAGUCCUGUACCUGCAUUAUUACGUGUUUUUAUCUGUACACAAUCACGACACUCCUGUAAUAUGAAUGCAACAUGGUUUAUUGACAAAUCAAACGUACAAUGAAAGUUUUUAAAACAUCACAGUUACAGUUUUUACAUGAAGUAUUUUUUUUAUUUUGUAAGAUUUUGUUGUUGUUUUUAACUGGUUUUUAGCAAGUGCAGUGUGUUAUGAUUUUCUUUGUAUUUUUUUUAUCAAAUUCUUUACAUGGUCAAAAGAUAAGUUACAAAGCUGUCACUAGGACAAUACUUCUUAAAGUGCCCUAAUGGCACUUUUCCAUUGCAUAGUACCCCACGGUUUGGUUUGGUUCAGGUCAGCUUACUUUUGUGAGCUUUUCCACUGGGUUCAGUGCGUAGUACCAGAUACUUUUUUUAGUUCCACCUCGAUCGGGGUCCAAGCGACCGGAUCUGUUACCAAAACGUGACGUAAAACAACGUAGAUCACUGAUUGGUCUGAGAGAAUCGUCACUACCAGCGUCAUCGCUAUAAUGUAAAAGAUUAGCUUUACCUUCAUGCUAGCUUGCGCUGUCUCGACCAAACAUGUUGUCAUCUUUGCUCUGCUAUAUAAGUUCCCAAACUCCCUUUUAGCGAUGAAAAACAUCCACACGUCCGCAUAUAUGCUUAAAUGCAGCUUAAAUGAGGCUCAGCGGAGCGUGUCGCCCGAGGUCACGGGUGUUUGUACAGAAACUAUCAUGUGAGACAAAGGUAGUGAUAAACGUGAUCUGCAAACAUCUAUUUGUGGUGGUCAAUUUUAAUUUUGUGGCAGACUGAGAAAUAAAUGAAUGGAUGGGGAUGUACAACAAUACUCUCACUUGUAUGAUUUCACAGCAGUAGGCAGCGCAAAUAUAACGACACGCUUAUAAUCCCUCCCACUGCGAAGUGUUACUAAACUCGAUGAAAAGCUAACCAAGCCGAAGGGAGGUGAGCUGACCAGACCUGACCCAAACCAAACCGUGGGGUACUAUGCAAUGGAAAGCACCAUUAGGUACAUCAAUGAGGUACCAAUAUGCACCAUUUAAAUGUAGGGGUACCGUCCCGUCGGCAGCUUUUGUACAUUUAUUCUGACAUUGUAAGAGGUGUGGUUGAUACGCUGUUGUAUGACAUGUCAGUAUAUUCUAUAAUAUUAUGUCAUUUGCCGUUUAAUUUUACAUUAAUACGAAACAUCUAUUUGCUAUUGUAACAAUCAAUGCUUUAUGAAGAAUAUGGUCGAAGACUUGAGACAUCAAUUGUCAUGAUUUAUUGUGCCACUUUUUUAUUUUAAAAGUAUACAUCUCAUAUCUCUUGAUCAACAGCAUAUCACUUAAUAGUUAAAACAUCCCCGCCUUGUUUAGUUUAGAUGUAUGAGAAUAAGCUAUGCACAUGGAGCAGGUCUAUGGAUCUGUUCACCUUGACAGUACACCUGUCUUUAAAAUUGUAGCAGUUACAUUGAUAUCAGUUUCUUUGUAGGUGUUUAAACGGUUCCUCUCUGAACGUUACGUAAUGGGUGCUGUUGACUGAUAGAACUACUACAUUAUAUCUUAUUCUGCCUUGUUAUUGGUACCAGCUUUCUAUCAGAAGCUAUUGAACCACACAAGUGCCAGACCGUUAAACUUGACCUGUAAGACUGAAGGUUUGAUAUAAUGAUUAAAGUAAUUAUUGAAUUAAUUAAUUAAUAAUUAAUUAUGACGGUUUUAUACCACAAUAAAGUAUUUCGACACUUCAUGGAAAAGAAGUGUUUGGUUACUUGGCCCUGAAGAACAUCACAUCGUUACAAAUUUGACCAUUUAUAACUUGCUGUUUGGUAUCUAAUCAAAUGUAUGUGAAGUUGUGAAUGCAGACGUUUAAAAAGGUGAAAGGAAAAUGCAAUGAUCUCUCCUUAAAGGUGCUAUGGUAAGACAUUUAGUCUGUUUUUAAAGAGUUCAAUAACUAUUUUAGCUUUGGUUAUUUUGAUGUCGAAAGAGCACAUUAAAUUGAUCAAAUGUAGCACAUAGGUGACCUUCAUUCAAGACGAUAUACACGUUUUGUUUUAAGCAUUACUGCGUGGGUGAAUUUAAUAUUCAUGAGAUGCUUUUGUGAAAUUGUAUGCUCUAAUGCAAGCUUGACCUGUCUGAAAACACAAUCAAUGUUGGUGAAUUGUACAAAUAAUUAAUGUAAAUAUAUUUUUAAAAGGAGGUGUUUCUUAUGAAUGUUAAUCCUCUGAUCAAACUAAGCCUCAGUUUUGUGUUCAGACUGUUUGUAUUACAAAUAUACCGUUUUAAUGACUUGAAGUUAAUGAAUUACAGUGACCCUCAAUUGUUCUUUCCUAAACCCACAGCUUGUACAUAAGUCCUCGUUUCUGUGAUAAAUAAGCGUUUUGGGGUCACCUGCAUUCCCUAAUGAUCAAAUACAUCUGUAAUGCAUUUAUUUUCUUCUGUAGCCUGUUUUAAUAAAAGUCUGUUUUUGUAUAAGUC